UGGAAGAGGGUUCUUUCCAGUGGCCAUAUCAUUCCACAUGAUGGAGGGCAGGGCUCGGGGAGGAGAGGCAGGCAGGGGCUGAGGUCCUGGCUCUAGGAGCCUUUGGAAGAAAGGGAAGUAAGUUCCUGAGGUCUCCGCCGUGUGGGGCAGGGCUGGCGGGCCGGGGAAUGCCCACCCAGAGCGGGCUGCCUGGAGCCUGGGCUCUUGGGUAAGAUCAAGCUGCCUCUUCCCUUGGAGCUGCGAUCGUUCUGCCUGCCGGAAGCCAGUUCCGUGCGUGCAGGUCCUAGGGCAAGCCCAGGCCCAGGGUCUUUGUUACUACUAUGGGACCUCACUCCCUGUAAAGAUCCCUGCAGACCAGCCUCCUGCCCAGGAAGAGAGAGAAAAGGUGCCUCCCCCUCUGGGAUUCUUCUCAGCUGAGCCUGCAGAGGACCUAGGCCUGGUCUAAGGAGAGAGCCCGGAGCCAGAGGGAAUGGCCCCUGGGAGCCACAGACCCCCACCCCAGGGUUUGGUGACGUUCAAGGAUGUGAUCGUGGACUUUACCCCCGAGGAGUGGCGCCUCUUGGACCAUUCUCAGAAAGAGCUGUACAAGGAGGUCAUGCUGGAAAAUGCCCGGAACCUGCUCUCCCUGGGACUUCCAGUUCUCAGGAAAGGUUUGAUCUCCCAUUUUGAGCAAGGGGAAGCACCUUGGAUGCUGGAGGGAGAAGGCCCAAGCAACCUUUGUCCAGAUGGAGAGACGAGACUUGAAAUGAGGGAGACCACAGCGCAGCUAAGCAUUUCUGUGAAAAAAUCACAACGGCCGAGAUUCCUGAAUGAUCGGCACAGCAGCCUCAAGAGGAGAGAAAUCUGUGACUCUGACGUCAAGACAGAGAAAAAGCAAAAGCAUCGUCCUAAAUCUCAUAAAGAUGGAAAGAGUUUCAGACAAUGUUCAGUCCUGAUUCGCUGUAAGAAAAGGACCUCGGGGAAUCGCUGUUCUCAGGAUAGAAAAUAUAGGGACUGCUUUACUGAACAGGCAAAGCUUGUUGAGUCUCAUGAGAAGCCUCCUGAAGUGCAGCCUUAUCAAUGUAAUCAAUGUGAGAUGGCCUUCGGCUCAAAUUCAGACCUAAUUAGACAUCAGAAAAGUCAUACUGGAGAAAAACAUUAUAUGUCUAAUGAAGGCAGUGAGAUGUUUAGUUGUAAUUCAAAGCUCAUUGAGCAUCAGAAAAUUCACAAUGGAAAAAAAUAUUAUGGAUGUGAUCAGUGUGGUAAAACCUUUAAGCAACAGUCAUCCCUUAUUCACCAUCAGAAAUUUCAUACUAGUGAAAAGCUUCAUAAAUGUAUUCAAUGUGGAAAGGCCUUUAGGCGACAGUCAUCCCUUAUUUCCCACCAGAGAAUUCACACUAGAGUACAAUCUCACGUGUGUCAUGAAUGUGGCAAAGUUUUCAGUGAAAACUCAUCCCUUAUUGUACAUCAGAGAAGCCACACUGAAAAGAAAUCUUAUGAAUGCAAUCAAUGUGAAAAGACUUUCAGACAGCGCUCUCAUCUUACUCAUCAUCAGAGAAUGCACAAUGGGGAGAAACAUUAUGAAUGUAAUCAGUGUAGAAAAACUUUCAGCUGCAGUUCUAAUCUUACUAAGCAUCAGAGAAUCCACACUGGAGAGAAACCUUAUGAAUGUACUCAAUGUGGAAAGGCUUUCAGAUGCAGUUCUAGUCUUGGUAAACAUCAGAGAAUUCAUACUGGAGAGAAACCGUAUAAAUGUAAGCAAUGUGGAAAGACUUUUGGAAGAAGUUCCAAUCUGGCUGUACAUAAGAAAACCCAUACUGGAGAGAAACCUUAUGAAUGUAAUCAAUGUGGAAAGACUUUCCGACAACACUAUAAUCUUUUGGAACAUGAGAGAAUCCACUCUGGAGAGAAACCUUAUGAAUGUAAUCAAUGUGGAAAAACUUUCAGAUGCAGCUCCAUUCUUGCUAUACAUCGGAGAGUUCACACUGGAGAAAAACGUUAUGAGUGUAAUCAAUGUGGAAAGGCUUUCAGAAGGAGCUCUGGUCUCUCUAUACAUCAGAGAAUACACACUGGAGAGAAGCCUUAUGAAUGUAAUCAAUGUGGAAAACCUUUCAGAUGUAGUUCUAGUCUUGCUGAUCAUCAAAUAAUCCACACUGGAGAGAAACCUUAUGACUGUAAUCAUUGUGGAAAAACUUUCAGAGGCAGGUCUGGUCUUGCUAAACAUCAGAGAAUCCACACUGGAGAAAAACCUUAAGAAUAUGUUUAAUGUGGAAAAACUUUCAAAGAGAGGAAAAACAGCUAAAAUCUUCCUGAAUAUCACAGUAUCCACACUGGACAGAAACCUGAUGAAUGUAAUCAUUGUGGAGAAACUUUCAGAUUUAACUCCAAACCUUUUACAUUAGAGAGAAAGUUUAUGAAUGUAAUCAUUGUGAAAAAAACUUUCAGGUACAGUUCCAGUCUUGUUGACCAUGAGAGAAUCCACACUAGAGAGAAAUGUUAUGAUGUGUAAUCUAUGUGAAAAGACUUUUAGACAUAGCUCCAGUCUCACUCUACAUCAGAGAAUCCACACUGGAGAGUAACCUUGUGAAUAUAAUCUAUGUGGUAAAACCUAGCAACAGUUAUCCUUUCUUUCCCAUUGGAGAAUUCAUACUAGAUAGAAAUCAUCACUCUAAUGAAUGAGGAAAGACAUUCAAAUGGAGGAUAGAACUCCUUAGACAUCAGAAAAUUCAUUCUGGAUGCAAGUUAAAUAUGAACUCAAUGUGGGAAGCUCUUCAGUCAGAGAUCAUCUUUUGUUUUUGUUUUUUUUUUGCAGGGCGAUGAAGGUUAAGUGACUUGCCCAGGGUCACACAGCUAGUAAGUGUCAAGUAUCUGAGGCCAGAUUUGAACUCAGGUCCUCCUGAAUCCAAGGCCAGUGCUUUAUCCACUGCGCCAUCUAGCUGCCCCCUCAGAGAUCAUCUUUUACUUUGCAUCAGAGAAUUUGUAGUGGAAAGAAAUCUUAUGAAUGUGUUCAGUGUGGACAUGCCUUUUGCUGGAAGGGAGGGGUCCCUAGACAUCAGAAUAUUCACACUGGAAAGAAGGCUUAUAAAAGUAAUGAUUGUGGGACAUCCUUUACAUGGAGUUCAUACUUGACUCCACUUUGGAGAAAUUACACAAGGUAAAAUUUAUGGAUCUAAUUUAAAAGGUAAGAUCUCUUGCUCCAUCACACACAUAAUUAGACAACCCAAAUUUCAUACUGUGCAUUGAACCCUUAUAAAUGUAAUGAAUUUUUCUCUAUUUGAGUACUCCUCAAUAGUAGUCCAUAGCUUUCAUAUGCCAUAACUUCAUCAGUCAUUCCCUAAUUGAUUUAAUAUUCAUCUGUUUCCUGUUCUUUGUUGACAGGGAAAAAAUCUGUUAUAAAUAUUUUG